AUUUACUUUUUUUAAUAGAUAAUAUAUUGACAUGGUUCAAAAAUUAACAAAUAGUUUUAAAGUAUACAGAGAAGUUUCUCUCCAUCCUAACCCCUGUCCACCUAGUUCCUACCACUCACCCUCCUUCAUAACCACUGUUAUCAGUCAUUAAUCUUUUCAGAAGUUUACCCCAGCGCUUUAAAGAAUAUGUGAAAUUUUAAUUGUUUUUUAAAAUAUGUCAGUUACCUAUAUACUUGUUUCAUUCUGCCAAACGUGUUUCCCCUGUUCAUCUUAAUUAUUUUGAACAAUUUAGAAAACUCUGGCAAGUACUUUUUAACUGAGGAGAGAAAGAUGUAAAAAUGUUUUUUAUUUCAGGAGAUGCCAGGUAUCCAUUACUUGGGCAACCACUGCAGUACAACUCUCCUGCUGUUCUGCACGGACACAUUCCAAACCAACAGAGUCAGCCUGGCAGCAGACAUGGAAACCGAGGAAGAAGACAAGCUAAAAAAGCUGCAUCCACGGACCUUGGAGCAGGAGAAGCAGUUGUUGGGAAGGUCUUGGAAAUAACUGAACUACAGAUGGAAUAACUCGCAUGGAAGCCGAGAAGCUUUUUGGGGAA